AUGGGUGCAAAAUGGAACUCAAUGAUUGCAAUAGUCUUUGUGGUGGCUAUGAUAAUGGCAAUGGAAAAUGUCAGCGGAGAAACAUUGCGACAAUGCCGUGAAGAUUGCAUUCAAGGUUGUGCCACCACCGGCGCGCUUCCGUCCAAAUGCCUCCAGAAUUGUUACCGUGGAUGCCCUUGGCUUACAACCAACAAAAGGUAUCGUUUUUAA